AUGUCCACGGAAACCCCAGAGUAUGUCAUAAAUAUCCCGUCAGACGACGAAGGUGACGAGAACGACGUUGAGAUCGUGGAGUUCCGCGAACAGACGAAGAAACUCUUGGAUAACCCCCAGAAUGAGCUCCCCCUCCAUACCACCAAGAAGUUGACCGAUAUCCAAUGUCCCAUCUGCUUUGAUGAUAUCACCAUGGCCACUACCACAUCCUGUGGCCAUGUUUUUUGCCUCGACUGCAUUCUGCAAAGCAUUUCCAGCUCACAUGCCAGGGGACAGGUCAGGGGACGAAGAGGUAUAGGAUUGUGCCCUCUUUGCCGGAAGUCAGUUACCUUCAAAGAUACCGUUUUACUUCGGAUGAAAACAGUGGCUACGGCCACCAAGCCAGAAUUGCCUCCAAGAGAAGAAGAGAACAUCAAGAUUGGGCUAGAAACAGCGGAAGAGGAAGAUGAAGCUACCGCGAGGAAGAAGCGCAAGACGGGCUGA